AUCCACUGAGAUUCAGCUCUUGUCGCUUCGAGGCCAUAAAUAGUCCCUAGGAGAAGCCGAGGUUUUUCGAGGCAGGCCAAGGCCCGUGAAACGGAGACCGGGCAAUGACCCCAUGGGGGUUCCCGGGCGAGGCAUAGACCAGGCCUGCACGAGCACCUGCCCAGGUGUGGACGGCCAGCAUGUGUGCCUUGGCCGAAUUUCGUCUAGGAAUGAUCUCGUUUAUUCGAAAGGUGCUUGGGAAAAACUGCGUCGAAAUUCGACCCCUAGAGGAGUUUCGCUGAGCAUGUCGGACAGAACGGGCACGUGGCCUAUUCAGGCCGGUCGGCCACAGCGAUUGCAACGGAGGACCCAAACUUCGACAUAUCACCAUUGGCUCGUGAGUUUUGCCUGAAGUUUUGUCGGGGCGUUAAGAAUACUUUUUAAAGGCUGCACGAAAAAAUCCCGGUCAAAAAUGACCUUUCCUCUUUAGGGCGAGCCGCCCCCCCGGCCCUCGGGGGAAGAAUGGGCCGUAGAACGCAAACGGAUCCCCGAACGGCAAAGCCGACCUCAACCGGCUUGACUUCUGUAACGGCUCGGCAGCCUAUUAUACGGAGGUGUCUCCAGUUGCACAGACUUGACCUGGCCGAAGGAUUGCUGGGCGCAAUGCCAGCACUACGCGCGAUGAUUGGUCCUCCCCUAGGCAGCAAGACCCGGCACGCGGUCAACCGAGGAAGGAAACAAGCCACUGCUGUCUCGCUCCCAUGGGUACUAGUACACGCAUACCACAUCACGGUGACCAGGCAUAGUGACUGGUCAGUUGCAGGGGACGGACCCGACGCUGGGCGCGCUGCAACGGAUGCUGGUGACCUUGCGACGGAGGCAGGCGCGCUGCAACGGAUGCUGGUGACGUUGCAACGGAUGCUGGUGACGUUGCAACGGAAGCUGGGGGCGUUGCAACGUUGGCUGGGGGCGUUGCAACGGAGGCAGGUCGCGUUGCAACAGAUGCUGGGGUCGUUGCAACGGAUGCUGCGCGCGUUGCAACAUUGGCUGGGGGCAUUGCAGCGGAGGCAGGUCACGUUGCAACGGAUGCUGGUGACGUUGCAACGGAGGCUGGGCGCGUUGCAACGGAUGCUGGGGACGUUGCAACGGAGGCAGGGUGCGUCGCAACAUUGGCUGGGGGCGUUACAACGGAGGCAGGUCGCAUUGCAACGUUGGCUGGUGGCGGUGCAACGAAUGCUGAUCGCGUUGCAACGUUGGCUGGGGGCGUUGCAACAUUGGCUGGAGGCGUUGCAACGGAGGCAGGGUGCGUUGCAACGUUGGCCGGUGACGUUGCAACGGAGGCAGGUCACUUUGCAACGGAUGCUGGGAUCGUUGCAACGGAAGCUGGGGGCAUUGCAACGUUGGCUGGGGGCGUUGCAACGGAUGCUGAGCGCGUUGCAACGUUGGCUGGUGACGUUGCAACGGAGGCAGGGCGCGUUGCAACGGAUGCUGGUGACAUUGCAAUGGAGGCAGGGCGCGUUGCAACGUGACGUUGCAACGGAGGUAGGGCGCGUUGCAAGGGAUGCUGGAUUAGGUGCAUCGGUGGCUGGUUUCGUUGCAACGGAGGCACCCGCCGUUGCAACGAUGGCUCGGAGCGUUGCAACGAAGGAGCCAAAUUUUCAUAUCUCAUAA